GAGCAUUCUUGACCUGCGAGGGAUGAAGAAGUAUUUUAAGUUAAUUCAGUUUGAGUGAGAGUACCUGUUAAGUUGGAACAGUACGAGGGGGCUUGAAUGAGGGCAGGAGGACUUAUGCGUGAUAUGAAGGCGUCCUCUGCUGGGGUGAGGACUGAACUGUGCCUCACAUUCCUUAUAGGUAAAGAGAGGGAGAGACUGGGAGCGGGUGAGGGAGGAGAGAGAGAGAUCCGUGCUAUAGCUAAGUGCUCUGCUACUCACGCGCGUUUGUUCCUCAGUAUUGUGUGUGUACGUACCGAGACUUACUCCAACUUACCCUACAGUGGAUACAAAGUACUUACAAGUGGAUCAGGAUCGGAACUAAGUGUGUGUAUUGUGGAUUGGAAGUGUGGUGUGUUUAGUUAUGUUUUCCAUGACGACAAGGUAACAUAACUACAAACUAAGUGUUCAAAUAACGAAACUUACUCGAACUUACCCUACAGUGGAUAAAAAUGGUUACAAGUGGGAUCAACAUCGGAAUUAAGUGUGUGUGUGUUGUGGAUUGGAAGUGUGGUGUGUUGAGUUGCAUUUUCCCUGACCACAAGGUAACAUAAAACCACAAGAUUAUUAUGAGGACUGACGGCUUGACUCAUUAUCACAAAUAUAUCAAACAUUUCUUACUUAAUUUUUCCUGUGGUGUUCAGCGCUCAUUGUGUCAGAAGUUUGUGGUGUCUCGUGGCGGAGAGUGUAACAUAAAACCACAAGAUUAUAAAAAGACUGGCGACUUAACUCAUUACCACAAAAAUACCAGCAACAAUUACUCUACGAUCUCUCCUGAGGUGUCUCGUGCAAAGUGUACCAGGAAGUGUGAGGUAUGUUGCGUUGAUAAGUGAGUUUUCUCACAGCAAGGGGUAAAUAAAGCCACAAUAUUAUGAAGAGACUGAUUACUUAACUCAUUACCACAAACAUACUUAACAAUUUCUCUUUAAUAUUUCUUGUGGUGUCUGGAGAAACGUGUAUCAGAAGUGUGCGGUGACGAGGUAACCUAACCACAAAGACACGAUGAAUGACGAUUUCUUUGACGACUUUGAUGAUGGCGGGGAAGUCACUGGCGACAUCGGGGCGUUCCUGAAGCGAGGCCAAGGUGUCAAGAUCAAGACAGACUCAAAUGAAACACCUUAAGCAUCCUACAGAUAAACAAACCAUACCGCAGGACAACAAAGAUGUGGGUAGCAAUAAGGACAAACCAGCAUCCUACAGUGAAUCUUUCGAGACGGAGAAUAAGGAUUCGGAAUCGACGGAAAAGGACACCAUAGGCUCGAAGGACUCAAACAGAGCCUCAGAGAUCAUAACAGACGCCCAAACGAAGCAAUCAGAAGGCUCAGAAACAUCACAGGACUCGAAAAUAGCAUCAGAAUCUCAAGAACGUGAAACUCCAUCGGAAAAUGAGAUAGAUUCAAAUAGCAAAGUCUCCGCUGAACAUGAAUCAAAGAAAACCACUCAAAACUCAGAGGAAAACGGUGAAAAACAAGACACAGUUUCCCCGUCGAGUGACCAAAUGGAUUCGGAACCGCAAUGGACUGGAAUUCGAACCCAAAGCUUGAGUGAUACUGAAAUCGAAGCCGAAGAAAACGAAGAAGAUAGAAGACUCGCUAAAAGAGAAGCGGAGAGAAAGGAGAAGAAGAAACAAGUGAUAAGAGACUGGAUCGAAAGGAAGGAAAGAGAAUCACGAGAAAGGAGAAGAGAGGAGAGUAAGAAAGCCGAUGAAUUAGCGAGACAAGAAGAGGAGGAAAUAGAAAGAAAGAAAAGACAAGACGAGAAGAGGAAGCAGAGGAUAAAGGAGGUGGUGAAGGAGUGGCACGCGAGGAAAGAACGGGAAGAGAAGGAGGAGACGAUAAGAAUACAAGAGGAGGACGAGAGGACGAGGAGAACUCAGGAGGAAAGGACCGCACGCAACACACACGCAUACCUCUCCUGGCUUGCCGCCCACCCGCCCACCGCCGCCCACCACGUCACUCACGCCUUCACCGGGGACAGAAGCAUACCCUACUUCGAUCGUUCCUGCACCGGCCCCGCCCUCCUACAGGAAUCCAAUACCGUGGCGAAGGUGAUGAAGGGAACAUAUUGACUGGAAUGAAGUGAUGCGUGAGAUUUGGUAAAUUUCAGUUGAGAGAAGAGGAUAAGAAGGAAUUUAGCUUGGUAUUUGUGAAAAUGUUAUGUUUUUUGUGAGGUUUGGUAAGUUUCAGUAGAAUGAAGAGGAUAAGAAUAAAGACAGUUUGUGUUGCUGGCGAUUUUUUUUGUGCUUUUUGUUGUUUUGGUAAGUUCAGCAGAGGGAAUAUGAAAGGAAUUAAUUAAGUUUGUGUUUUUGGUUUAAAGUUUGCUGAUUUGGUUAAGUUUUAGUAAGUUUUCAUAGAGAGAACAUGAAAAGAAUGAAGGCAUUUCGUGUCGUGGAUUAAAACUGAUGUUAAUGUAGCCAAGUUCCGUAAAGAUAAGGUAUGGGAGUAAAUGAAGAUUGUAUUAGUUAUGAAAUUUUUGUUUAUGCGGCUAAGUCUGCUGUGUUCCGGAUGCACAAGAUGUAGGAAUGAAUACAGUUCGUGUUACUGAUGAAAUAUUUAUGCAAUGACUGGGAGAAGGUAAGAGAAAGGAGAUGAUGAAGAAGG